AUGUGGAAUAUGGAUCGACAACCUCUCAUCUUCACCCCGCUCAAAUCGCCGGCAAAAUUGGUCGAGAUUUCGGGGAAAACUCUCAAAAGAUUCACUCUAUUUCUUCCGGUCGGGGCCCUCAUCGCUAUAUUCCUGGUCGCCGUGGUAUUUAUGCGAGACGCGGUGGUUGGAUACGAAUGGGGUUGUAGGCUCGUCUACCUCCCGGCAAUCUCUCGGCUUCUUAACCUACGAGCCACGAGGAUUAUUUUUGAAUUUAUUAUGGGCCCAUUCUUCCUCCUCAGCCCGGGGGUCGUGCUCCUCAAUUAUAAACAACUGAGGAAUCCAAGAGAUAACCACAUACGAAUUACUACCCUUUGUGUGAUGGUCACCUCCGGCAUUCUGCAAAACAUCUUUUUGCUAGCCCUGACAUUCGUCGGGGAGCGUGAGGAUGGAAACCUGCACACGAUAUUCUUCUGCAUUUUCAUCGUGUCGACCUACCUCUAUUUUCUGAGUCAAACGGUGCUGCUGAAAAGUAGUGAUUACGCGCGGAAAAACAUCGAAAAAGCUCAACAAAAUCUCCGGUGGAAGCGACGCCUUCUGGCCGUACUCUCAAUUCUGCUGCCCUUCGUCUUCUCCCUGUUCUUUGCCCAUUUCCUGCAUUGCGUACCUUACAGUUACGAGCUGUUCUGCCUCUCCGAAUACGCGACCGUCGCCACAAUAUUUGCAUUCCACGUGACCACAGUGGAUUUGUUGCAAUUUGACGUGCUGCUGGUCCACAGAAACUAUAAACCGCAUCGGGUUAAGAUG